UGGAACUAAGAAAAUGUUCCUUCAUCAUUUGACGCUGUAGGAUAUCCAUGUAUUCCGUGUCAUUGACCGGCCUUGGAACAGCGCUGGACGGACAGGGUUUCUUGGACACAUUUUGAGCGACAUUUAAUACUAUGCGACUAGAUACAAAACUCAGUUUGUGAAACAGUUUAAUAAUAGAGACAUAACCCUCAAGGCCGUGACGUAGCAACCAUGUUCAAGUUUGUAAACAAACGGGGCGAGUUGGUCCCCAGUUAUUCUACCACUCAAGAUGCCACACUCAGGGGACCAGUUACCGACCGCGCAAGACCAAAGGAUCGAACCGACAACUGCACCGUCUGCAAGACCCGUCGGCGUAGCCUGGACAGACAGAAGGCCCAGGUUCUACGUAGGUCUCAAUCACGAGAAACGCUUCAAUCCAGCAGCACUGACACCAGCGAGCGAUCACAACCUGACACGACCAAUGAGAUGGCAACACCAGGAGUAUGGAGUGCCAAAGCUGACAAAUAUCGCAGACUGUCUCGAUCAUGUGAGGUGUUGUCCUCUAGGAGAAAGUCAACCCACAGACAAAGUGAUGACAAAGAAGGCAAUACAAUGAGUCAUUCCAAGGAAAUGUAUGAAAACGGAGCAAUGAAUCCAGCGGGGUAUAUUGAUUUGUGUAAUGUAAACCCAUCAAAGAUGGACAGAUUGAAGAUAGAAGAGAAACAGUCACUGAGGCGUAAAUCUACCACUACCAAGAAAUUUACACCUCAAAGUGACUGUAAAAUGAGACACCUGGAGACGAGUAAAGGGGCUGACUACACGGAUGGAGAAUGCCGGCGUGGUAAUGACGGGAGCAGGGACCGCCUCUCAAGGUCAUCAGGAAGUAUGCCCGAGAGAGGAGCAUCAUCAUCAUCAUCAUCCUCCUCCUCCUCGGGGAAACAGGUGCAAUUUGCUGCCCGCGUUGAGUACGAGAGAUCCAAAGAAGACUCGGUCAUAGAAAAACUCAGGAACGCUGUCAAUAACAGCAGGAGGAAAUUGCGCUCGAGGUCUUUAGAGAGAAUCGAUCGGAGACAGGAGUGGAGCCGUGAAUGGGAGGCGGGUAGGGCCGAGAGGGCGUCGUGGAUGAGCAGACUGCGGAUGUCUAAGUCAAAUACUUCAAGUGUGAAGAAUGAUGAUAUCGUGAGAUCAGACGAGACUGACAGGAACUUAGUCAGAGAAACUUUGCAAGAUGGUAAUUUAAACCGGCAGCUGAAUACGCAUUGGGUUGAGAGAACAUCUCGAUCGAGGUCUAAGGAGAACAGAGACUGGAGACAAGACUACUGUGAAACCAAACCUCAUGAAAACCAGAUGUACUCAUGCGAUGAAAACAACCGUAGUCUAGUCUCCUCUCAAGCAUCUGAUAAGGAAAUCUUAGUCAGAGAAACUUUGCGAGAUGGUAAUAACCGGCAGCUGAAUACGCAUUGUAAUGAGAGACACUCUCGAUCGAGGUCGAGGGAGAACAGAGACUGGAGACAAGACUACUGUUUAACCAAACCUCAUGAAAACAAGAUUUACUCAUGCGAUGAUAACCACCAAAAACUAGUCUCCUCUCAAGCAUCUGAUGAGGAAAUCUUUAACAGGACCAGAAAAGCAGCAAGUGGUGAUUACAAGCAGAGAGUUACAAGGGACAAUGAUCCAUUGCAUGAGCGAUAUGAGGAGAUGAGAUAUAACAGCCAAAAUACAGCUGGAGCUAAGACUAACCGCUCCACCAGACACCAUCGUUCCCAAAUUGAACAAGUAUCCAAUGGUCUUAUAUCACCCCAGUAUGUAGCACCGCAUGGUCACUAUGGUAAAGCAGUAGUCCGGAAAUGUCAUGGCGAGCAAAGACAACCUACAGACUUAACUCAAACAUCGAAGAACGUAAAAGUAAAGUCACUGAGCCUAGCUUCCUCAACACGGGAGGAUUCAGUUGCGUCAUCGGCUAAAAACUUGUAUCAGCCUAAAGGAACUGCUGGUAGAGGUUCUGUGACCUCUGUGAAGAAAAUGGCAAAGUUAGACUCGCGACUACAAUCCAAUGCCCCCAAUGUCCGCCCUGAUGUACCCAACGCACUGAACAUUCCCAACAAACAUUCAAUGGAUGCUAACAGAGUUUCAAACUGUUCAGUACCUUGCAACAUUGAAGCAAAACCAGCAAAUGUGUCUAGGGAUAAACAGGAUGGAAGUGGGGACGUUAAUGUGACUCAAAACCAUUCGCCCAAUUCAUCAGGUUUUGUGUACAACUGUACAACUGCCAAGAUAACAAAACUUGGCAAGUCAGCCACACACAAACAGCAAAACUUGAAACAAGAGCAACCUCAAGAACAAAGCAUCCCUCAGUUGACAUCCUCAGUGACACAGAGGAACAGAACUGACAAUCUCAAUCUUCAAGACAUCUCACAAAAUGAUACAAGGAAAAUUAAACCAGCAGCAAAUAACUUAACAAGGCAUGCCUCAGUGGUCUCCUUAUCUCUCAUCUCAGUCGACUCUGUAGACUCCGGUACAAGCUGUCACGAGGACAGUACGACAGACUCAUCUGAUCGAGAACUAGAAGCCUUUGCGUACUUACAGAAGCCCAAGCCUAUCACAACAAGCAGACAGUCUGGGAUCGAGACUAGAUAUACCACCAACAGACAGCCUGGAAACGAGACUAGACAAUCUUCCAGAGAGCUUGAGAAUUUGAUUCUGGGGAGCUGUUUUGGAGUGGAUAAACAUGGUUCCAGUCUGGUGACUAGUGACUAUGAGUCCGAUACGGGACCAGAUACGGUGAGGAGUAGCCUUGUCGAGGACACGAAGAGGAAGAAGGGAGGGGCAUCUCGAGUCGUCCGAUUUGUGGGAGCUGAAGAUCUAACUAAGGAGCUUCACAACAAAAAUCAACAAUUAAAAAUACAAGGUCCAAAGGCCCUCAACCAACCAGCUGCAGCUGCCAAACAUUCCAACCAAUCAACGAGCAGCAACCAUCUCCUCACAAAGUUGACAACCCCAGCUAGGGUUCUUCAUAACCACAAGGCUCUUUCUAAAGCGGAGAUGUCUGUUUAUCGAGGGGAUGUUGUCUACUUGUCCCGUGAGGACUUUGAACAGCGCCCUCCAUGGGUUGUUACAUAUUCAAGUUCCAGUAAGCAAGUGGGUUUAGUACCAUCCAUGUAUCUAGCACCUGGAAAGAUGGAAGAGGUCCUAUAAACCUUCAUGAUUCAGACGACUAUAAAGAAACAACUUUACAUUAAAUUAAUGCCAUGAAGAAAUUUCACAAUAACUUUUGACAAGCUAUCAUUAAAAUUACAAGUAUUGAACAGGGAGUUCAUUACAUGUUCGAAGGCUGAGUAACGGGUGAUCUAAAGGGAUAUGUUUGGUCACUCUUAAAAUUAAAGGCAAUAACAACGUCCUUGGUCGGAAGUACAGCAGCUUUCAAU